UGGGCCUCAGUAUCCCCAUCUGUGAGAUGGGGCUGCCCUGCCCAAGCGCCGUCUCCUGCCUCAGCCUUUUGGUGCUGGCCCAAAAGAGGGCGGCAACCCCCUUGGGGGCGAGGAGCGGCGGCUCUGGCGCAGGUCUUCCGGCCGCCCCGGGAGGGAGGAAACGGACGGGCGGCAGGGGGCGGGUUUUCGGCGGGGCCUACCCUGAGGCGGGCGCGUCGCGGAGGCCUGCGCGGCCAUGGCGCUCCCGCUCGCAGCUCUGCGCGUCCUGUUGGGCGGCUUCUUCGCGCUCACGGGGGCGGCCAAGCUCUCGGAGCAGAUCUCGGCUCCGGUGUCAGAGCAGAUGAAAGCCCUGUUCGUGCAGUUCGCUGAGGUGUUUCCACUGAAGGUGUUCGGCUACCAGCCAGAUCCCAUGAGCUACCAAGUGGCUGUGGGCUGGCUGGAACUGCUAGCUGGGUUGCUGCUGGUCCUGGGCCCACCGAUGCUGCAAGAGAUCAGCAACUUGCUUUUGACACUGCUCAUGAUGGGGGCUAUCUUCACUUUGGUGUCUCUGAAAGAAUCACUGAACACCUGCAUCCCAGCCAUCGUCUGCCUGGGGCUCCUGCUGCUGCUGGAUAUCUGCUAGCUCUUAGUCCAAACUAAAAAGAUGUUCAGACACCCUAGGAGGAAGUCUCCAAGUGCAUUCAAGGAAUCCUGGGAGUAGAGUCUGUCUUGCCUCCUCAUGCCAUGUCACUGCCAAAGCAGGAACAUGGUGGAACACAGAAUGUCACCUUGUUACCAGUACACCCAAGGUUGGCCAGCGUUGAAGUAGACAUCUGGUCUACCUGGCCCUGCUUUGUCUCUUGGACAUUUACUGCUCUUUUUUGAGGGGUACAUGUUACAUAUUCUAGCAUUCCUCAUGUCAUAUGAAAAUAGAAAAUAAAUUUAAAUCACCCAAACUUUUAAUGCCCCCAAAUAACUACUUUCAAUUCCUUUGUAUAACUGUACCUCCCAGUUUUUUCUGUGCCUUUAUACAGAUGUUUUUAAAUGAAAAUGAGACCAUAUAUACUACUUUAUUAUCUGCUUUUUAAACCUAAUACACUGUAAUACCAUUCUCUGUCUGUUUUACCUCAUUGAUGUUAAUGGGUGCAUAGUAUUCCAUUGUAAGGAUGUACUGUAAUGUAUCUAUACAAGCCCCCAAUGAGAAACAUUUGGAUUAUUCCCAAUUUUUUAACUAUUGUAAACCUCACAGUUAAUCAUCUCUGCAUAUUUAUUUUCUUUCCCUAGAAGUGAGGGUGCUGAUUCAAAAGGCAUGCACGUUUUUAAGGUUUUUAUUAUAUGCUCAGAAUUUACACAUCGAGUACGGCAGAGUACUGAGUAUACCUGCUUCUGCCUGCUGAGCCACGUGAGGUACUCCCCAUUCUUUUUUUUUCUUUUAAAUUUUAUUUGUUUUUGGCUGCGUUGGGUCUUUGUUGCUGCACGCGGUCUUUCUCUAGUUGUGGUGAGCGGAAGCUACUCUUUGUUGUGGUGCAUGGGCUUCUCAUUGCGGUGGCUUCUCGUUGCGGAGCACGGGCUCUAGGCGCACGGGCUUCAGUAGUUGGAGCACACAGGCUUAGUAGUUGCGGCAUGUGGGCCCUAGAGUGCGCGGGCUCUAGGGCGCGUGGGCUUCAGUAGUUGUGGCAUGGGGGCUCUGUAGUUGUGUCUCACGGGCUUAGUUGCUCCGCAGCAUGUGGGAUCUUCUGGACCAGGAAUUGAACCUGUGUCCGCUGCAUUGGCAGGCAGAUUCUUAACCACUGUACCACCAGGGAUGUCCCUCCCAUUCCUUUUUUUAAUUAAUUAAUUUAUUUUUGGCUGUGUUGGGUCCUCGUUUCUGCGCAAGGGCUUUCUCCAGUUGUGGCAAGCGGGGGCCACCCUUCAUCACGGUGCGCGGGCCUCUCACUGUCGCGGCCUCUCUUGUUGCGGCGCACAGGCUCCAGAUGCGCAGGCUCAGCAGUUGUGGCUUACGGGCCCAGUAGCUCUGUGGCAUGUGGGAUCCUCCCAGACUAGGGCUAGGACCUGUGUCCCCUGCAUUGGCAGGCGGACUCUCAACCACUGCGCCACCAGGGAAGCCCCCUCCCAUUCCUUUUUAUCUUGUGCACUUGAGAGUUGUAAAGCUAACAGAGAUGGGCAUUAAGUCAUUUUACAGGACCUGAAACUGCCAGGGAAGUGCUCCUUGGCACCUAGAUGGAGGCAGGGGACAGCCAACUCUAAGGCAUGCUGCACGUUAAAGCAGUGCCAGAACCUGUGAUGAAUCCCAGAGGUCCUAGGGAGUCAGAAGGGUGUGUGUGAGAGACAAUUCUCGAGGGCAAGUGACCAUGUUAGGGUACCUACUAUCACAUCACCAACCAUCUUCACCUCAGUGCGGUUCUUUUGGGAAGUGAUGUACCUCCAUAAGGGAAAAUAGUGAAGAAAAAGAAAUCAUUUAUUUAUGCAAAUACUCUAGCCACCAGCCUACAAAUUGCUUUGGGGGUUAGGGAAUGGCUUUUGGGAGCCCACAGGAGUGAGAGAAGUCUAUGUAUAUUACUCCAUUUCAUCUUCACUAUAGAAGGGUAAUAUCUGCUCUGACACUGAUGAGCUGGGAACCUCAGGUAAGCUGGCACUCUUAGUUAGGUCUUCUUGUGUCUGAAAGCACAGUGAUGCAAUCUCUCUAUAGUUAGGGGUGUGUGUGUGUGUAUGUAUGUGUGUGUGUAUACAUAUAUAUGUAUAUUAAUACAUAUAUAUGUAGUAGUAUAUGUAUACUACAUGUACAGUGUGUCAAAACAAUAAGGAAACUUUCUGUCACAUAAGAGGUCCAGAGAUAACAUAGCUUCAGUUUCUUUUUUUAAAAAAAAAAAAUCUAUUUAUUUUUCUCUGCAUUGGGUCUUCGUUGCUGUGCAUGGGCUUUCUCUAGUUGCAGCGAGUGGGGGCUACUCUUUGUUGCGGUGUGCGGACUUCUUAUCGUGGUGGCUUCUCUUGUUGUGGAGCACGGGCUCUGGGCGCCUGGGCUUCAGUAGUUGUGGCUCACAGGCUCCAUAGUUGUGGCUCGUGGGAUCUAGAGCGCAGGCUCAGUAGUUGUGCUGCUUUCAAUUUAUUGACUUCUGCCCUCAGGGUUACAAAAUAGCUGAAGCAGCUCCAGACAACACAUUUGCACAUAAUAUCCAAAGGUGAAAAGAAAGAGGAAAGCUCUCUUAGAAGACCCUAGGUUUCCCCUUGCAUCCCACUGUACAGAAUUAUGUCACAUUUCCAUUCUUAGACCAGUCACUGGCAAGGAGAAUGGAAUUUCCAAGUUGGACUUAGACAAGUUAAGAUUUACCCACACUGGUCAAGUGGUCAGCAAAGAAGAAGGGAGAGAGUAGAUAGUGCCACUUAUUAACUUAUUUGCAAAUAUGGAUAAUAAUGGCAAAUAUUUUCAUAGAGUUGCUGUGAAGAUUUAGUGAGUUAAAGUGUUUACAGUAGUGCCUGGUACAUAAUAAGUGCUCAGUAAAUGCUAUUAUUAAAUAGCGUUUGUUAUUAAAUAGCAGUUCUACAGAUGAGAAAAUGGAUUCAGAAAGCUUAAGUGCCUAUGUGUCAGACCUGAGACUAGAAUUAAGACCUGGUUGACUCCAGUACCCACACUUUCCACUGCACCAGUUGCCAAAGUUGGAAGUGGGCAGGUGUGGCACCCCUGCUCUUCAACUUGAAGGUAGAUGGGAUGAUCGGUUCAAUGUAAUUAAAUCUCCAUUGCUUCCCAGAAUUGCCCUUCUGCAUGAAAAUUUUGAAGCCCUUGAAAGUAGAGCCUGGAAACCCUGGGAUCUUGGCCUCUUACCAUCUCCACCCCUUCCAGGAUUCCAUAGCCAGCUUGUCUCCAACCAGGACUUUGAGUAAAACCUCACACAGCUGGUAUUAGAUUGAAGGCUCCUAUUUACCGAGGCUUGGCCUGUAAGCUGAUUUAGCAGCUACAGGGCCCUUCAAGCUUGGCUGUAGGGCCCACCUAGCAGCUUCAGGAAAGGCAGGGUGCUGGAAGAGUAGGCUGGCCAGCUGGUAUGGAGGAGCAGUUGGGAUUGACAGCAGCAGGAGUAUCUUUAGCUUUAGCUGUGCUGCCUCACCCCAAGGAGAAGCCAGGCCUUAGGAAACGGGCCCCCCAAACCACAGCCUAAGCCUUGGUCAGGUCGGCACAAUGACAUUCAGCUGCGAGGCCUUCCUUAUACUUUGCUAUCUCCCUCCCUGUGCCCCCUUGCCUUGCAAUGACAUUCCCUUCCCUUGGGGCCCUGGCUGCACCCCACAAACCCUGCUCACAGCUGCCACAGGUGGACUCCAGCCCUUCCAGCUGUUGAGCCCAUUCUUCAUGUCGUGUCUUGGGAUUAGUCAGUUGAUGGGAGGGCCUAGGAUAUGUGGGUGGCAGUGGAUUCUCAUCUGUCUCAGCUCCUUAAACCCAGGCCCCCAGGAACCCAAAGAGAUCUGCAGCAGCCAGAGCAGCAAGAGGUAAGAGAGGAGUGAUCUGGUGGGAAGGCGGGGAGAGGUUCAGGGUGGGAUGGUUAGGGCCAGAGCCAUGGUGGGCCGAGCUGAGUGCGAGGGGCAGAAGGGAAUACACUCACUCAGGGUCCCAGAAAGGACUGGAGCCUGAGAGAUUCAAAGGUAAGAAGUACAAAUUUUGGUAUUGGAGGAACCAUGUUUUGGAACACCCUAGGAGUGUGACUAUGUGCCACAAAUAGGAACAGGACAUUGGCUUGUGCACUUAUCCCCCUUGGGGAGAGGGGGAAUAUGCCCAGAUGUGUUUGUGCUGUUGUGUUUGACUGGGGUGUCUGUGUCUCUAACGCUGUGUGUGUGCCUGUGUGAGUGUACACAUUUAUCUCUGUGCUUACUAGAGGGGAAGGGAGCGUAUCUCCCCAGUGUCAGCCAGUGCUCAGAGUUUUACUUAUGUUUUCUCAUAAUCCCCCCAACACCACUGUGAGGCAGGUAUUUUAAUCUCCAUUUUACAGCAGAGAAGACAGGCUCAGUGAAGCUGAGUAAUGUGCCCAAGGUCAUAAUGGCAGAUAAAUGUGUGUAUCUAGGAUCUGCCUGAUUCCCGGGCCUGUGCUCUUUUUGCUUUGCUGUCCAAAGUUUUAAAUCAGACCCAGGACUUCUUUGUGGUCAAAAGGCAAGGGGGAAGGAAACAAGACUGGAAGGCCUGUGAGACGUGAAACCUUUUCAGCUCUGCCCAGGGUGCUCCAGGCAAGCCCCAGGAGAGGACCUUCACCAAGGAAAGUCCAAGGUCACUGUGCAUGGGCCUGCCUCUGGGUCACUGCAUCCUAAGUCCAUAACUCCAUCCACGCCUCACUCUCCCCCCUACUGAUCUGGAUGGCACUGGAGCAGGGAGGCGUGGGCUUUUUCUAGGAAGGACCCUAUAUUCCAGCCUGGUUUCUCCAUAACUCCCUGUUGGCUCAGCCUUGCUUAGGCUUAUUAAUGCACAUACCUGGGCACCACAAGUCAGAACCGUACACCAUCUGUGAGGGACACCUUCACCCUCCCAGUCGCCAAGGUUGGAAAUUUCCAAACUACGUGGGAUUCCUGUCUCUUCCUCAUUUUCUACAUCUUGUCACCAAGCUCAUUCUACUUCAGAUAACUCUGGAGCCCAUCCCCUCCUCUCCAUCCCCAGCUGGUGCUGGCUGUGCUCAGGCCUCAGCCCCUCGCCGGGCUUCCUACCACCACCGACUGAGGAAAAGAGGACGGGGGUCGGGUGGGGGAAGGCGGGAUGGAGGGCUCUUGUAUGGCUAAUCUCCAUGGUGACCUCUCUUCCUCUUGCUAGCCCAAGGUCCGAGAUGAACAGCAGCGCUGGGGACCUGGGUGUUGGUGCUGGCGGCCGCAGCCCCUGGGGCGACCCUGCUGGCUUCAUUGUGGUGCCCACAGCCUACGCCUUGGCGCCGGGCCUGGGGCUGCCGGCCAACGUGGCGGCCCUGGCAGUGUUCGUCCGCCGCGGCAGGCGCCUGGGCCAGGCCCUGCGUCUCCACUUGCUCAACCUGGCCAUGGCCGACGUGCUCUUCAUGCUUACACUGCCGCGGCGGCUCACCUACUACCUGGGCCCGACCCACUGGCCCUUCCUGGAGGCUGCCUGCCGCGCGGCCGGGACCACCUACUGCGUGUCCACCUACGCGGCCUUGGCCUUCGCGGCGCUCACCAGCGUGUGCCGCUGCGGCUCGGUGCGGCCGCCGAGCCCUGCGCCGCUGGGGCCCCGCCCGCGCCACGUGUGCUGCUGCCCGGCUGGCCGGCCAGGCCUGUGCCUCAACCUCGCUGGCCGCCCCGCAUGCGCUGCGUCCCAAGCCGGGCAGCGCUAGCGUGGGCGUGGCCUACGCCACCGUGGCCUUCUUCCCCGCCACCUUCCUGCUGGUGCUUGCGGCCUAUGUGAGCUUGGCGCGGGUGCUCGCGGCGCCCUCGGGCCCGGGCCCGGCCCUCGCCCCAGAUGGUCCAAACCGGCGCGUGGCCAGGACAAUGGUGCUCGGGCACCUGUUGGUCUUUGCCCUCUGCCUGGCGCCCUACCACCUGCUGCUGGCGCCCUGGGUGGCCGGGCAGGAGGACACCGUGGGCCGCGACGACAGAGGGUGCCAGGCCACCUCCACGCUUGACGUCCUGCACACCCUCAGCCUGGCGCUGCUGAGUCUCAGCAGCUGCAUGGACCCGCUCAUCUACUGCUUCUCUGUGCGCAGCUUCUGCCAGGACUGCUGGGCGCUGAGCUGCCUCCCGGGGGUAGGGAGGUCCGGGUCACACUCGGUCUCCUCGGCCUCCACGGCCUCCUCCUAGAGAGUCCCCUGGCCUGCUGCCUGCUUCACCCCUGCCACCCUCCCAGUGGCGUCCUGGGUGGUGAAAGCUCUUUGCAAGGACCUAGACUCCAGUCCUGACGCAGCCACAUACUAGCCGCCUGUAGUUGUAGACCUCCGGGCUCUGUCAAAAGGGGAAAGAACAUUCUUUAUUGACCCGAAUGUUUCCUAGACUUUGCCAGUGUUUGGAUACAGAUAAUAUGCCAUUGCUUUCAAAAUCUCUGGGGAUAAACCCCAAAGUCCUAAACAGGGCCUACAAGGGCUAACUGCCUCCUGCUUCUCUCUCAGCAUCCUCUCAUCCUCAUUUUCCCUCUUCUCCUCUACCACAUCUGCCCGUCUCCGUGGGUUGAGUCACCUUAUCAGUCCCUGGAACAGACCAGUUUCCUCCUCUUCAAAGCCUUUGCAGCUGACUGCCAGGAAUGAUGUCCCUCCGUCUCCUUUGCUAAGUUAAUUCCUUUCCAUUCUCACUUCCUCAAACGUAGCUGUAGGGAAGCCUUUGUUGACCAGCACCACAUACACCAUUCCCUAGACUGGGUUAGAUCUGGUUGCUCCUUUAUAGCUCUUUCCACAAUUGCAAUCAAGCAAUUAACUGGUUAGUUCUUUUUUUUUUUUUCUGUUGUUCUUUUUCUCUGUAUUUAUGUCGAUCCAUAAGAGAGUGCCAUUUUUGUAGACCCAAAAGGGUUGAAUAGUGGCAGUUUUAUUUUCAUCCAAUUCAACUUAAUAAAUUCCAUGUUUGUCAUA